GCCUGCCGUGCAGCAUCCACGGCAGCCUCAGCAUCCCGAAGCAAGCAGCAACAGCAACGGCGUUCCAAACCACCAACGUCAUUACCAUCCUCACUCUCAUUUUUUGAUCUUAAUAACAGAGAACCGUUUGUGUGGGCGUGCGCGUUUUCACUGUUUGGCGCUGGCGGCUCGUUUCGAGGAUGGCCGAGAGCGAGGCAGACACGCCGAGCACGCCGAUUGAGUUUGAGAGCAAAUACUUCGAGUUUGAUGGAGUGCGGCUGCCGCCCUUCUGCAGAGGGAAGAUGGAGGAGAUCGCCAACUUCUCCCUCAGAAGUAGCGACAUUUGGAUUGUCACCUACCCAAAGUCAGGAACCAGUCUACUUCAGGAGGUUGUGUAUCUGGUGAGCCAGGGAGCUGACCCAGAUGAGAUCGGCCUCAUGAACAUCGAUGAACAGCUGCCUGUCUUAGAGUAUCCCCAACCAGGCCUGGAUAUCAUACAGGAGCUGACGUCCCCUCGUCUGAUCAAAAGCCAUCUUCCCUACCGAUUCCUCCCCACAGCCAUGCACAAUGGAGAGGCCAAGGUGAUCUACAUGGCUCGUAACCCCAAGGACCUGGUGGUGUCCUACUACCAGUUCCACCGUUCUCUCAGGACCAUGAGCUACCGUGGAACCUUCCAGGAGUUCUGCCGGCGCUUCAUGAAUGACAAACUGGGAUAUGGUUCCUGGUUUGAACACGUUCAGGAAUUCUGGGAACAUCGUAUGGACUCUAAUGUGCUCUUCUUAAAAUAUGAAGACAUGUACAAGGAUUUGUCGACUCUGGUGGAGCAGUUAGCUCGUUUUCUGGGUGUUUCCUGUGACAAAGCUCAGUUGGAGGGCAUGGUGGAAAGCUGCAACCAGCUCAUCGAACAGUGCUGCAACUCAGAGGCCCUGUCCAUCUGCAGGGGUCGUGUGGGUCUGUGGAAGGACAUCUUUACAGUGUCUAUGAAUGAAAAGUUUGACGCCGUGUACAGACAGAAGAUGGGAAAGUCCGACCUGACCUUUGACUUCUGUCUGUGAGGAGUGCCCGAAUCACCCUUCCUGUUCUGCUCCCUCCUCCUCCCACUGAUCUACUUCAGUAAAGCUGACAAGUGCACACUUCCUGCCAAAACUCUCACAUCUCCAUCCAACCAACCAACCAACCAACCAGUCUCCAGUGUAGUAGUACAGUCUGACAGUGGGAUUCACUACAAGACUCAGAACGCUAUCUGUCUCCUCAGCAAGUCACCAAAAAAACACAUCUUCUUUGACUAAUCAGAUUAAGAAUUUGUUCAAAUUUAUCAAUCAGUAAAUAUGCCAAAACAUCCCUCAACCCCCUACCUCUAAAGUAUGUUCCCACCGCUGUGUAUGUCUGAUGUGUGCAUGUACGUAUAGGAGCUGAGGUUUGGGGAUUAUUUAAUGUGAUGCACAGGUGUUUUCAGAUUCUAUAUCAAGGAUUUAGGCUGCGUGCAGUUAUUUGUGACCAAAAUACUGUAAACUGAGAAUCAUGUCAUCAUAUUUGUUUAUUCAGUUAGGUUGGUCUGUGCUUUAUAUUGGCUGAUUAAGGCCUGAAAUGAGCUAAUUCAUACCAAGCAUCAUCUGAUCACGACUGACGGCAAAACAGUUCACAGCUGUUCCACACUUGUCAUGACGUCCAAACACUGCCUAGUUUCUUACCUCAGUGCACCAGGUGAAUCAUGUGGUCAUCUUGACGUGCUCAUACAACACCUGACAACAACUUACUUGAUCAUUUUUAAUGCGAAAAGGUGAAUGUGUUCCCUUUGGUGUUUUUAGGUGGUCUGGGCUGGUCUAGGUUACUGUGAGGUGACUGGAAAUCAUGAUUAAUUGAUCCAGAACCCAGAGCGUGCUAGAAGAGAGACAGUAUACACCACACCUGAGCCCAGGUGUUGAGAUCCAAACAAGGUGCAGGAAAAUAGUUAUUGAGAGGAACUAAAAAACUCACUCUGAAGUACAUGUGUUAGACACAUCAGUCCCUGAGGUCACUUAGUGGGUUAAACUGAGCAGUGCUGAGAGCCUUUAGGUUUGUUUAUUAGUAUCUUUUUUCUGUUGGUGGAACAAUUGAUGAAUGGGACACUGUGGGUCACAAGGUCAAAAGACUGAGUGAUAAGAAACUAAACCAAGAAGUGAGGAGAACUCAUUGUGAGAUUUUUUUUUAAAAUCCAUUCUUCAUAGAAAUAUAAUUAUCAGUGUAGCUUUGACGUUAAAUGCAACCUAAUUUUAAAGCUACUCUCUGCCAUCGGUGCUGAAUAAACUGGGUUAACAGUUUGACUCAUGACUUGCAGUGUUUAUUAAGAACAAAUAUCUGCAUGUAGCCUCUGUUUUCCCCCCUGUUUGUUGUCAGGAACAACAGUAUGAAGCUUUUACGGUAUAAGGCACUGAAACUCUCUGGGGGCACUGGUUCAUUGGAGGGAAAGUUCUACUUAAAGUAAUGACCAAAUUUGCAAAAUGGAUGAAGUUUAUGAGUGAUAUUUGGAAACUGUCGUACAGAAUAAAACCCCACCUCCCAAAGAAACAAGAGAACCACCUUUAGAAUCUUCUUAUUCUGUUUAACCAAACUGAUACUCAUACUGAGUGGUUUAACAGUUGUCUUGAGGCAGCAUGUGAAUUAAUGUAAUGUACAGUGAUGACAGUGCAUAGAGGGAGCUUAGAACACCUAAAUAGACCCAGCAGCUCAAUGUCACGGCAGGGUUUGGAUCAUUAUUGUGUUGCCGUUUGCAAGAUUCACACCCUUGCUGAUUGUCACUGGAUCCAAUCAUAUUAGCUUUAUGUGUGUGGAAGGUUAUGCAUGUGUGUGUUUGAGCAAGAGAGAGAGAGAGAGAGAUUUAAAAGUCAGUCAUCAACCUGAAGAACUGAUGUCUAAAGUCAUACAUGUGUAUCAAAAAGGCACUAGUAGAUUCACUGAAAUGGAAUUUGAAUAAUUUAUCCAGGGUUGUCACAUUUUUCUAUUGAGUGAUUUAUCAGAAUCAUUUAAAGAUCACUCACACACAUGGUUUGCCCUCUGGGAGCUGAAAUGCAAAUGCAGCUGUGCUAUAUACAUGCAUGUACUGUGUAAAGGGAAAUUUUAACCCCUACAGACCUGGAUGAUAAUAGGAGCCAUCUAAUUUGUUUUAACACUUCAUUAUUUUGUGAUUUUUCAGUCUUCAUUCCCACUUACAGGUGAAACCAAGAUGUGAUUUCAAACACUGUGCAACUGAAUUUCAUCUAGUUGUGGCUUCUGUAGGCAACAUGCACUACAUCAGUCAAUCUGAGGAUGUCAAUGAUGCAUCAACAGCCAUUUAUUAAAGGGAGAAAAUACCAGUCAAACUUGUGCACCUUAGUUUUUUCAGUUUCAAAAACAACAGCUUAGCUAAAAUGAGCACAUUGAGAAACUCCAGCCUAGUUUUCACAAGUUCUCGUGUCAUUCUUUCACCUAUAGCCUACUGAUCAUUUCAUGGAUCAGAUAAAAGCUACAACUGCGCAUCAAGCCUUCAUACGAUCGUAUGUGUUGAAAUCACUGGAGCUGCAUUACCCUAUGACAGGAAAAACCGUGUCAUUUUAGCUGCUGUUAUCACCCUCAUCCAGGUUCACAUCAGGAAUAAAGACUGCAAAUGUGUCACGGAGAGAUGACUUUAAUGAAAUAUUUUGUGUCUAUCCCACUGCUUGGUCACUGGGGUGUUUUGUUUUGUUUUUUUUUCUUUUGCUCUACAUCUUCCUCAAAAGGUUUUGGCUGCAGGAGAGGAGAAGGCAGAGUAUUAACCCAUAACCAGCAGUAAAUGUAUUCUGCAACUCACUGUAGUGUCACAGCAGUAUAUGGCAUUAACUGGAGGCAUCAUUUACCACCAGUCCAGCACCUCUUCCUCCUCUUCCUCCUCCUGUAGUUUCCUGCCUAACAGCUCAGUCCCUGCUCUCUGCCAGACACUUGUGAAUGUCUUUAUUGUGUGGAUGUAAAUGACAGCCUCAGCAUACACUCGUCACGCCGCCUUGUUUACGGCUGCUCCUUCUUUCUUUUCAUUGUUCUCUCUGUGACUAUGUUUACAGCCGUUGGCAAGGCUUCAGCUGCCCAUCUCCACUUUUAUGGUUUGUUUGGGUUUUUAUACAUGCCUGUCUCUGUUUCCUGGGCAUCUUGUGUUGUAUUUUACAUGCUUUGCUUGCUGGUUUAUUAAUAAAUUUGUGUCUUCUGGCAAUA